GCCCAGUGUGCACUGGUUUGUUUACAUUCGUUGUGCAGUGUGCGCUUUCCGACAGGGCAGGCAUGAGCGAAUUGUUUAACAUCUGUCAAACGAAAAUUUUCCAAACGCUGUGCAGGUUGCAUCUUUGUGUGGAGGGUGGUGUGUGGUUAUUUAAAAACGAUGAUAAUUUACCUAUCCCGCUAGUGGCUGUGACUUUACAUUGUUACAGAACGUAAUUAACGUAACGUAACGCUCGCCAUGCACUGGGUGUAAUCAGAUUUCGCGUGUGUGUGUGCACCGUAACCGUGUGUGAAAAAACGAGCGAUCGACCUAGGAUAUCGAUUAUUCGCGACAAGGAUACUCCGUACUCGCUUUUGUGCGAUUGUGUCACGUACGUUCUUACCUCGACUCAGCAUCACCGCGUUGGUUCAAGGAGAAGCGACACGCUCGGUCCAUAAUAAGAGAGACACGGCCGAACCAUGCCAAGUACGCUGCUAUUUGCAAACAGCAAUGAAGGUCGUGUCUAUGCGCUCUCCACGUCCGGGUCGGCCUGGCGCGAGUUCCUGUACCUGGGGCUGGAGUUUAAGAAAAUCUGCGUCGUGCCCCACUUUAUGUGGGCCAUCGGAGGCGAUCGACAAGUGUACGUGCACGUCCACGGGCUGGAUGUGCCGAUACGCAUCAAGGAGGAGGCGUUCGAAAAUGAGCGCUGGCUACCGAUAGAGGGGUUCUCCAACCGUCUGCUACCAACGGACCGGUACCACUUCUCAAACGCCGAUGGAACCGUCGACCGGAACAUCGACAAGGUACGCCUGCCGUCGAUGGCCUGGCAGUGGGAAGGUGAAUGGCAGCUCGAUCUCACCCUCGACGGUCAGCCACUAGAUCACGACGGGUGGACGUACGCGGUCGAUUUUCCUGCCACAUACCAUCCACAGAAGAACUGGAAAUCGUGCGUCCGUCGCCGGAAAUGGGUACGCUUCCGACGGUACUGUGCACUGAACUCCUGGUGCGCGGUAGCACCCCUGCACAAAGAUCCCACACAGGAACCGUUCAUCGACGUUUCCAUCGGUGGCGCAAAUGUGCCCGGAGCUUCACCGGGCCUGCUGCUUGUGUGGGCCGUUACAGCGCACGGACGCGUCAUGUUCCGGUCGGGCGUUAGUACGACUGCUCCGGAAGGAUUACGCUGGACGGCCGUUACCACCCCGUCCGGCUGCGAGGUGUCCCAGAUUUCCGUCGGAGCAACGGGUCUCGUUUGGGCGGUGCUGUACAAUGGGCGAGCAAUCGUGCGGGCCGGUAUUACGCGCGACACCCUCACCGGAAGCACCUGGCUGGAGGUAAAACCGCCCGGAACGAAUCUCAAGAUUGCCCAGGUUGCGGUCGGCACCAACUCCGUGUGGUGCGUGACGAACGACAAUCACGUAUGGUUCCGGCGGGGCGUGCACGGCGAAGCGUCCGGCGUUAGCGAGGAUGCUACCAUCGGCAGCGGGUGGGUCGAGAUGGUGGGUAACAUUUCGCACAUUUCCGUUGCGGCCAACGAUCAGGUGUUUGCCGUCGGAUCUGAAGAUCGGGCCCUCUACUUCCGGUCCGGUGUGUCUGCCUCGGAUCCGACGGGUAAAAAGUGGCGUCUGAUUCAGCUUCCGAUGCAGCUGAGCCGCACGUCGAGUAACUUUUCGUUUUCCAGCCGGCAGAGCGGAAACAGCUCCCCGACGACCACGAAGCAUCGCAGCUUGAACAGUCUGUACAAGGAACGGUUGCAGCAAGAAACGGGAAACGCCGGCCCUGUCGGUGGUGGUGGUGGUGGUGGAGGGGCGGCCGGUGGCAUAGAGGAAACGUCUCGUUCGGCACCGACGGCCAACGUGAAAAAUCGCCCGGAACUGUGGCACAAACCGGAGCUUUCGCCCGACGCACUGGCGGCUCAGCUAGAGGCGAAGCAGCAGCAGCAGCAGCAGCAGCAUGUUGGCAGCCUGGUAGAGAGCAAGCUGACGCAGAAGGUUUCGCUGGAGAGUGUGGCCGGCACGAGCGUACCGGUCAGCAACGAGGUGUACGAGAUCUCGGGCAAGCAGCUGAAAAACUCCCGCGCCUGGAGUCCGGUGCGUUCGGUUGGGUCCGUCGUCGGUACCGAGGCACAUCCCGAAACCGAUUCCAGCGUGUUCGAGGGAGAAACUUCCCGAGAUUCCGGCGUGUUUGGCGAGUGUGAAGAUCAUGGCGGGUCGCAGAAUUGGACCGAUUGCGAGGUACAGUGGGUAGGCUGUUCGGCCGGCGCCGUUACCGUAGAUCCGGCCAUGCUUCCGAACUGGUUCAACGACAGCUUUUCGCAAAACGCAUCGGAAGAGUUGAACCAAUCCUGGCGGCUGCGAUUGCUGGACGACCUCAAGAAACGUAUCCCAGCGAACGAGGUGGAGAGCGGUGCCUUUGCGCACUACGAAAAGGCGAUUGAAAUGAGCUCGUGGGUCAAAUCGGGCGAGGCGCGCUGCGCUAAAUCGGGCCACCCGUUCGAGGACUGUCUGAUAGAGCUCGAGUGGGUGAACAAUCAGGGUACGGGGCCCGAUUCCGGCACGCUGACCGUACUAAACUCGGACGGCAUCACGACGAAGAUGCAGUUUUCGCUGUCCGAAAUUACGUGCAUCAUGUGCUGCAGCGAGCCCGGUUCCCCGCGGCUUGCCAUCCACGCGCCCCGUUUACCGCCGGGCUCUUCCCCACUGAAGCUGCAGUUUAGCGGUGAUACGGAUUUGGAAGAUUGGAUCUCGCACCUUACCUCGGUCUGCUGCCAGAUUAACGAGGUACAGGGACGUCCGUCCGCUCGCUCGGUGUGGAUCACGUCCGGCAUGGGCGAUGUGUUCGUGUUCGAUCCGAUCAAUCUGGAAGCGCAGCAGUGGGACCGGGAAGCGAAAAGCUAUCGGCAGCGGAUCGAUCUGAAAGCGACCGAAACCCCGUACCUGACAGCGCUUCAUAAUGGAAUGCUGAUCGGGUCGCGGUUGGAAAUUUCCGGCUUCAUUUACGAUGACGCAGAUCAGGUGCGUUUCGAUCUGCAGGGCCAUCCGACGGUGCGCUUGCGCCACAAGCUGGAGACGCAACGCAACAUUCCGCUGCACAUAAAUCCCAGGUUCAACGAGAACUUGACGGUGUUCAACUCGAUGGCUGCGUCCGCCUGGAGCGAGGACGAAAUCCGGGACCGGCUGGUAACGUUUGCACCGGGCGCCGAGUUUAGGCUGGAAAUCUACACCGACACCGACGGAUUCCGGGUGAAGGUGAACGGGAAGGAGCAUCCCAAGUUCCACUAUCGCAGCGGACUCGCGCCGGACACUGUUUGCAGCCUGUACAGCAGUGGCCGGGUGAAGAUACUGCAGAUCGUGUACGAUAGUCCGAAAAUCAUAAUUCCGCUGCGGGACGUGUACUGGCGCCAGAUCGGGGGCCACAUGAAGCGGGUCGUAUCGUGCAAGGCCGGGGUCGUGUGGGGUGUUGGGUACGACAAUACCGCGUGGGUGUACACGGGCGGUUGGGGUGGAGCCUUCCUGAAAGGGCUCGAAACGAGCAGCCAGGGCAUCAACGUGAUGACAGACACGCAGAACUAUUACAUCUACGAAAACCAGCGAUGGAACCCGCUGUCGGGCUUCUCCUCGACCGGGCUGCCCACGGACCGGCACAUGUGGAGCGACAUAACGGGCAAGCACAAGCGCAGCAAGGAGCACGCCAAGCUGCUGUCCAUGCACUGGCAGUGGAUCAGCGACUGGAUGGUGGACUUCCACAAUCCUGGCGGUGUCGAUCGGGACGGUUGGCAGUAUGCGGUCGACUUUCCUGCCUCGUACCACGCGAAGAAACAGUUUACCGACUACGUUCGACGACGCCGCUGGUAUCGCAAGUGUCGCCUAACGACCAGCGGACCGUGGCAGGAGAUCGGUAACACGAAGGUGGUGGACGUGGCGCUGCAACCGGAUAGUGACGAUGCGGACUGCACCCUAACGGUGUGGGCGAUUGCAGCGAACGGCGAUGUGCUGUACCGUCGCGGUGUAUCGCAAUCACAGCCAGCGGGUACCGGCUGGGAGCACGUCCCAUGCGAUCAACCGCUAACCAGUAUCAGUAUUUACGACAACAAAGUUUGGACGGUCGGCAAAAAUGGGAGCGCAUUCCUGCGGUGUGGCAUUACGGUGGAAAACCCGCUCGGCAACAAGUGGCAGAUGAUUGAGCCUCCGGGAGGCGUUAGUUUUAAGCAGAUCUCGGUCGGAACGUGCGGCAUCUGGGCGCUGGACACGGUCGGACGGCUGUCGGUGCGCAAAGAAAUCAAUGGCACAUUCCCUGAGGGUAGCCAUUGGCAGCUGCUACCAAACGUGUUGAACGAUCCACCGCACUACGAAGGGAACAGCGGCUUCAAAAACGUGUCCGUCGGUGAGCACGUGUUUGCCGUGUCCCAGUCGGGCUACGUGUGCAAGCGUAGCGGCAUUACGCCCUUGAAUCCAGCCGGAACUGGAUGGAUUCUUGGAAUACAGGCCAACUGGAGCUCUGUUAAUGUGACUGGAUUUUACGAUUGAACUUGGUGUGAUAGACAGUAUAAAAACGUAUUUAAGGAAAGCCAUUAAGUAAGCAAAAUUAACAAUCUAGCCUGAAUGAUGCUAUUGCUAUUUGAUGAAGGCAUAACAAUCUCACUGUGUACAUGAAUAGGAACCUCAUGUUUGUUGUCCAAAGCAGCGCUUACACCUAUUAGCGCUUCUACCUAUUCCAAAAAUAAAUUAGCUACCGCUUACAUUAAACAUUGUUGUAUUGUCAGCAAAGCUAUUUCACAUUGCUUUUGCUAUCCAUUUGUUCCGUGCAGCUCAUGAACUCUCGUACAGCUAUGCUUCUGGUUUAGUUCGACGAUUUGUAUCUGUUGCUGGUCUGAUUAGUGCAAAUUGACUGAUUGAAUAAAACGUCAUGUUUUGAUGAUUGCAAUAAAGCGUGUAUGCUAUAACUG